AAAAGAUUACCUGAGAUCGCGUUACCAGGUUUUCCUUAAGGAAGUUAUAGGUGAUAUGAAGUAACACAAUAUGAACCCAUUGAGUUGUGUAAUUGUGACAACUUUGUAUUGUUUGGGAAUAAUUUGCGAAGGUCAGGGAUUUUUUGUAUCACAAGAUGAAACGAAAUGGAACGAGUCUAGAUGCACCUUGGCAGAACCAAUGGUAAUCUGCAGCGAUGAUGACUCAAGCGUUGUUAAAAAUGGUUUGGAAGUUCUUAAAAAUGCGAAAGAAAAAGACAAUGGAUUUUGGAUUGGAUAUGCCAAGACAUGGAUUAGUAAUGCUUAUGUUGGAUGUGAGGAAUUGGAUGGUGGGGCUGAAUAUUCUGUUCCAACUCUGGGCGAAUGUAGACGUACAACAGGAUGCAAAACAUUCGGUAUACAAAAAUUAACAACGGGCUUGCGAUGUAAAUGUUCCAGUGAAAACGCCUUACGGACUCAAACAUGUGGAGAAACAUGUAAAGAGGGUGAUAAAUAUCCAUGUGGUGACACAGCCGACACCAAUAUAUUCUCAGUUUACACUGUCGAAAAUGUUCCUCCUAGCGAACAUUCACAAAACAAUACAAGAAACUGCCUACUGUUCUACUAUAAGUACGAAAAUGGAAAUGAUUAUUAUUGGGAGUCAUGUAAUUUAAAACUCACCCCAAGAUUAUUAUGCAGCAACAAAUAUUUUUCAGAUAAUGGCACCUAUCCACCUUUGACGAGUGCAUAUGUGGAGCUGAUAAACCAGACUUUCUACGUCAAUUUUGCUAACAAAAAUGAUAUGAGAAAAAGCUUGUGCACAGGAGAUGGUACAUCGACAGGACCCCCGACAACGUCACAAGAGACUCAACCAACCUCAUCGGAAUUAAACACGGCACCAGCCAAAAGUACAACAGCGACUUAUACCACAUAUACCACUACAGGUCCUACUUCGCACAUGACGCCAACCAAUAAUGUCAUAACAACAGAUACACAUUCGACGGAAGCACCAGUAUUGAAUGCAUCUACAAUGCCAAUAUCGCAUCCGGUACCUGAAGGAACAGCAGCGUCCAUAGACAAGGACGAAGAGGGAUCAACGGCAGGUGCUGCUGCUGGUGUGUCCGUUUCUCUGGUACUGCUUAUCAUUGUGACGAUCAUUGUACUGAUUUUCAUGAAAAGAAGGGGACUUCUAACAAAGUGCAACAAACAAAAUGAUGAAAAAAGCAACCAUACCGAAGACACAGCCACCGAAAUAGCAUGCAUAUCAACACCGAUAUUUGAAUCUACUACAAACACAAUGGAUGACUUAACAGUCACAAAUCAUUCUUAUUUUGUGCUUGAAAAAACGUUUGAUGAAGAAACCAAAGAGGAUACCGAUCACUAUGCAGAGCCAGAUACGACCGAUGUUGACCAUUAUGAUUUGACCGAUGAGUCACAAAAAGAUACUGAUAUCGAUUACGACACAGCCGAUGACAAAAACAGCUCAGCCAAGUCUGAAUUGUCUAAGCCAAAUAAUAGUUAUAACAAAGUCACAUUACAUCAAACUAAUGAGUACGAUCAUAUUAAUGGAAGACCGCCAAAGUCGGACAGACAAACUGAAAAUGAAUACGAUAUUUCGAAUAACCUGAUGGACUGCAAAUGCAAUAAUAAUUUCGGAGAUGACAGUGAUACAUAUAACCAUUUGAACAAACAUGAAUCGAAGAGCUCUGGCACCGAUAACGUUUAUGGAAAGUCAGAAACAGAUGGCGAUAGUGGAUAUUAUACUUCCAGUGCUCUAACCCUUCACAGGAACAUGGAUGAAAAUGAUCAGCAAACUGAUUAUGAUGUGAUAAAAAAGAAAUGGUAGACUUAUGUGCCAGUAAAAGGACAUUUAGGUACAUGAUUUGAUUUUUUAAAGUAAUCAAAUUCCAUGAAAUUUGAAAGGUGCAUAGAGAGUUUGUCAACUAAACCAUGACACAUGUAACCGAUUAAUCCUAUUCUUGUAAAUUUGCCCUAUCUGUCAGUUUUGUUUGCAAAAACACUCAACAAAACAUGCUCAUCAAUCAGUUAAGAAAAACAUGAUCGUUAUGCAUAUUUCAUUUCAAGGAGAAAGUAUUUUUAUCACCUCAAUGGCAGCUUCGGGUCGUUUAUUUUUGCGCACUUUUUGCCAGCGUUAUGUAAAUCUACGAUAUUACUGUUCGCCUGAAGUGAAACAUGUUCUAAAAGAGAACAUAUGGAAACACAUUAAUGCACUAGGGAAAUUCAAGCAACUCAAAUCUAGACGUAAAAAAAUAUAUAUUGUGUCUCUUGUACAAAAUGCAUUAUUGUAUGACUACAUCCUAUCUUUCUUGUUAAAUGACUUCAUCAGUUUCAGUAUAUUUGUCCAAUAGUCUCAGAAAAACCUCUUCGCGGUUACAGAACUUGAAUUGCAAAUCGCAACACGUCUCGCAAUCGUUUUUACCAUCAACAAUCUCUUUGUGAAAUGCGCUUCCAUCAUCCAUUAGAAAAGCUACAUCACUGCAAUCAUUACUCUUUUUGUUUAAUAACAAUGCUUAGUAUCACCAAGGGUCUAGCGUCAACAACGUUCACCAUGUUCACCUUUGAAUGCAAUGUUAAUGAACAUCUCCUCCUAAGACUAUCGUAGAAAGUCCCCUGUGUACAUUUGGAGCAAUAGAAGACACCUAACACUUUUUUACAUGACCAUUAUAUACUAACCACAGAAAGGUCGUGUUUGAAAAUAUCAGUACCCUUAACCCUAUUACUAUACAACUUAUAUUGUUUUUAGACACAUCUUGCACCUCAAUUAUCAACAAGCAUAUCGUCUACCAAGUAUAAACAUUCACUCCUAACACCAAACGUUAUACAAACUAAUUACAACAUCGAAUAUACUCAUCGUCUCUGACUUGCCGAAGCUACUUCUCUUUCCCUUCCAUCUCUCUUUCCGUCCUAUUCUUUCACUCCUGUUCUAUCUUCCGUACUACACAAUGUCAAACUUUUGUUUAUUUUUAUGCAUUUAGAAAUACAUGUAAUUUAAAUCAUUUUUGCAUUUUGAUUACGCCAUCUUCUGAAACAAUUAUCAAUGCCCGUUUAUUCUUAUUAAGUGUGAAUUAUGAAUCAAAUAUGACAACAUGUUAACACCACAUGGCAUUUGUUCUAAUGUUAUACAGAAGAGAGACUUAUAAUAUGCUUACUUCUCAAUCCUGUAAAUAAAUAGUUAAAUCUAUAGUGCUAGUAGAACUAAUUCUUGAUAUCUUAAACUUACAAAUAUUGACUAAUAUAAUUACUUACAAAUAUUGACUACCAUAACUACCAUAACUACUUUGUGAUUAUUUGUCUACUUGUUAUUAUCUGUGUUUUUGAACUUGAACUCAAAAUAAAUACUGGUUAAACCAAUUAACCAUCA